GGAAUGCCCCUUCCGGCACAGUGGGCGCCGUUGCCACGACGACGAGGAGGCGGGGUGGGGGCUCUCGUGGCGUGCGGUGCAAGUCCGGGCUUCAUGGCGCAGUGGGCGCUGCUUCUGCUGCUGGAGUUGGGCGCGCUGGCCGGGCCAGCCAGGGGCGGGGCGCAGGGCCACGGGGGCUGGCAGUGGCGCGGGCCGGGGAAGCCGGCUGCCGCGGAGGAAGAGCACAGUACGGUGGAGCGCCGGGCGGACCUCACCUACGCCGAGUUCGUGCAACACUACGCCUUCUCCAGGCCAGUUGUCCUGCGCGGACUCACGGACAACUCGAGGUUCCGGGCCCUGUGCGCCCGGGACAGGCUGCUGGCCUCAUUUGGGGACCACGUGAUCCGGCUGAGCACCGCCAACACCUACUCCUACCAGAAAGUGGACCUGCCCUUCCAAGAGUAUGUGGAGCAGCUGCUGCACCCCCAGGACCCCACCUCCCUGGGCAACGACACCCUGUACUUCUUUGGAGACAACAACUUCACUGAGUGGGCAUCCCUCUUUCGCCACUACUCCCCACCACCCUUUGGUCUGCUGGGCACCACCCCUGCAUACAGCUUUGGGAUUGCAGGAGCUGGCUCCGGGGUGCCGUUUCACUGGCACGGGCCUGGCUUCUCAGAGGUGAUCUACGGCCGCAAGCGCUGGUUCCUGUAUCCUCCCGAGAAAAUGCCCAAGUUCCACCCCAAUAAAACAACACUGGCCUGGCUCCAGGACACAUACCCCUCCCUGGCCCCAUCUGAGCGGCCCCUGGAGUGCACCAUCCGGCCCGGAGAGGUGCUGUACUUCCCCGACCGCUGGUGGCAUGCCACACUCAACCUUGAGACCAGCGUAUUCAUCUCUACUUUCCUUGGCUGAGGAGCCCAACACAGCAGCAGCACAAGCAGCGCUCACAGGUUUUAUUUGGGACAGCGGU